GCAUGCGCCGUGCUCGCGCGCGCGCGCUCGCGGGAGAGGAUGGCGGCGUCCGCGCCGGGCGCCAUCAUGGACGAGGACUACUUCGGGAGCGCGGCCGAGUGGGGCGACGAGGCGGACGGCGGCCAGCAGGAGGAUGAUUAUGGAGAGGGAGAAGAUGAUGCCGAGGUCCAGCAAGAAUGCCUACACAAAUUUUCUACCCGGGAUUAUAUAAUGGAACCCUCCAUCUUUAACACUCUGAAGAGGUAUUUUCAGGCGGGAGGGUCUCCGGAGAACGUUAUCCAGCUCUUGUCAGAGAACUACACUGCUGUGGCCCAGACCGUCAACCUGCUGGCCGAGUGGCUCAUUCAGACAGGUGUUGAACCAGUGCAGGUUCAGGAAACUGUGGAAAAUCAUCUGAAGAGUUUAUUGAUCAAACAUUUCGACCCCCGCAAAGCAGAUUCUAUCUUUACUGAAGAGGGAGAGACCCCCGCUUGGCUUGAACAAAUGAUUGCACAUACCACGUGGAGAGACCUUUUCUACAAACUGGCUGAAGCCCACCCAGACUGUUUGAUGCUGAACUUCACUGUUAAGCUUAUUUCCGAUGCAGGAUACCAAGGGGAGAUCACCAGCGUGUCCACGGCCUGCCAGCAGUUGGAGGUGUUCUCUAGAGUGCUUCGUACCUCUCUAGCUACGAUUUUGGACGGAGGCGAAGAAAACCUCGAAAAAAAUCUCCCUGAAUUUGCUGUAAGCGCUUUACUUGAUGUGGCUCAGAUUAGGAGGAGGCCGUUUGCAUGGGGUCGUGCAUCUUCAAACGGGAAAUGCUCUUUACUGUGGAGAAUGUCCGGGUCACAGGGCACCUUCCCAGGUGGG